AUGACCUCCAUCCUCCGCCAAAUCGUCGCCGGACCCCGCGCCAAACACGAAGAGACAGGCCUCGACCUGUGCUAUGUAACAUCCAACAUCAUCGCAACGUCCGGCCCGUCCCAAACAUACCCGCAACGCGCCUACCGCAACCCGCUCGACCGCCUCGUCUCCUUUCUCGACGCCAAACAUGGCGACGGCUGGGCGAUAUGGGAGUUCAGGGCCGAGGGCACGGGGUACCCCGACGAAGCUGUCUACGGCCGGAUCAGCCAUUACCCGUGGCCGGACCACCACCCGCCGCCGUUUCGCGUCGUGCCGGUUGUGAUGGGUGGUAUGCGGAAUUGGUUGAGGGGUGGGGAGCUUCUUAAGGUGUCUCCUGGGCAGGAUAGUACUAGCAGGGGUGGCGAUGCCGGCGGUAAGACAGAGGGUAUUGAUGGGAAGAAGGAGGAGGGGACGGACGAAAAAGAGGCAGCAGAGAGGAAGAAGGGUGACAGAGUCGUGGUCGUGCACUGCAAAGCCGGGAAGGGCAGGUCGGGCACCAUGGCGUGCAGCUACCUCAUUUCGGAAUGCGGGUGGACGGCCGAAGACGCGCUGGCGCGGUUUACCGAGAGGAGGAUGAGGCCCGGCUUUGGAGCGGGAGUCUCCAUCCCGAGCCAGUUGAGGUGGAUCAGUUACGUGGAUCGGUGGACGAAGGGUGGGAAGAAGUACGUCGAUCGGCCUGUCGAGAUUGUCGAAGUCCAUGUCUGGGGUUUGAGGCACGGUGUCAAGCUCUCUGUGGAGGGGUUUGUGGACGAGGGAAAGAAGAUUCGGCCGUUCCAUACGUUCCAAGGGGAAGAGAGGAUCGUGGUCGAAGGCGAUGCGCCUGGCGGCGCAGGGGUGCUGGAUAUGGUGCAGGACAUGGCUGGGUACGGGGCGAAGACGAAAGUGGACGACAAGGGAGAGGUAGUGGAGGAGGCCGAUUACGAGGGGAUCAAGAAGGGAGCUGACAGCAAUGCUGAAGACAACAGCAAUGAUGGCGGUAACGACAAGGACGAGAAGAUGCCCCCGAAGCACCCCAAAAAGUCUCGAACAGCAGACCUAAUGAGGAAACUGUCCACCCGCAAACGUAGCCCCUCGCCAAGCCUCAGCAAAUUGGGUAAGGACGGGCCCAGGAGCAAGACUAUCGCGAUGCCGGAGCCGUCGCAGGCCUCUUCCGGCGCCUCAGCGAUUCCGGGGCAAGACGAGCGUCGCACUCAGUCAACGGCCAGUCUACAGCCUAGCACCACCUUUGCUAGCCCGUCCGAGCCUGGCGGACAGGCGGUCAUCUUCAAACCGGCCAAGCCAAUUCAUAUCCCGAACAGCGACGUUUGCAUCUCGGUGGAGAGGAGAAACCGCGCACCCGCCAACUUGGGCUUGACCAUGGUAACAGCCGUCGCGCACGUGUGGUUUAACGUCUUCUUCGAAGGGCAAGGACCCGAGCAGGACGGAGAGGCAGAUGAAAGCGGCGUGUUUGAGAUGGAAUGGGACAAGAUGGAUGGCCUCAAGGGCUCCAGUCAAAAGGGCACCCGCGCGCUCGAAAGGCUGUCGGUUGUCUGGCGCAUCCCAGGCACGGGUGCAGCGGGGCGCGAGGAAGAAGAGGCUACGCUACCCGGGGUGACGGUCAAGGAACCAGGGGUGGACAGCCCAGUGCCGCAGAUGGAACCUGCCGACUGGAGGGGCGGGUCAGCGGAGGAUUCAACGGCGGACAAACAUCUCGGCCUGAGAGUGGAAGAUCCCGACAGUCGUAAUGUGAGUAAGGCGAGCAGCGUGAAGAGCCAGGAGAUCGGAGAAGGGAGCGCUACAGCUAAGGAAGAGACCGAGGUGGAGGACGCGGCUUCUCUGGAGGGGGUCAAGGUCAGCGGCCCGACCGGAGAGGAGACGCUGGAUGAUACGCCAGUUGAGCAGGUCUCGAGUCCGCCGCCAGUCACGGGAGGGAAUGACGAUGCGGUUGCCAAGGGGCCUUGA